AUGGCGAAGGAAGGCGAGCGGUCAGCUCCGGCCGACAAGGGCAAGGGAAAGGUUGAUGAUAUCAAGGACCUGGCUGGAGGAAAGAAGGAUAAGCCUGAAGAGAAAACACAAGCCAGUGGCAAACAGAAGGAUGACGAGCCGCAGGAAGAGGAGCUUAGUGAGGAGGAUCAACAACUGAAGAGUGAACUAGAAAUGCUUGUGGAGCGGUUAAAGGAACCGGAUACUUCGCUGUACGGACCUGCUCUAGAUGCUAUUAAAAACUUCAUCAAAACUUCCACAUCCUCUAUGACAGCAGUCCCUAAACCUCUCAAGUUCCUACGACCACACUAUGAUGAUCUCGCGGCUCUUUAUGAUAAGUGGUCGGACGGUGCAGUCAAGGACUCCUUGGCCGAUAUGCUGUCUGUUCUGGGAAUGACCUACGGAGAUGAAGAGAAAUUCGAAACCCUAAAGUACCGUCUUCUCACCAAGUCCGAAGACCUCGGUUCCUGGGGCCACGAAUAUGUCAGACAUUUGGCGCUUGAAAUUGGCCAGGAGUACCAGAACAGGUUGAACGCGGAGAAGGAAGUGAAGGACUUGAUUGAUCUCGCUUUAUCCCUUGUUCCGUAUUUCCUGGGCCACAACGCAGAAGCUGAUGCUGUUGACCUCUUGAGUGAGCUUGAGAUUAUUGAGGAGAUCUCUCGCUUUGUGGACGAAAACACAUACUCGAGAGUUUGUCUGUACAUGGUCAGCAUGGUUAACCUGCUCACAUAUCCUGAAGAAAAAAAAAAACAAAAAACGGCAAACGAGAUCUACGUUCGCUACAAAGAACUUACCAAGGCCAUUGUGCUCGCCAUCCGGCUGAACGACGUUGACCUUAUUAAGAGCGAUUUGAACGCGACAUCCGAUCAGUCCAUCAAGAAGCAGAUGGCCUUUCUAGUUUCCAGGCAACAAAUCUGGCUGGACAACCUAGGCGAAGAUGAGGAGGAUCAGACUUUUAUGGAAUGCUUGAACAACACCUCGAUUCCCAAGCAUUUCAAGUCUCUUGGUAAAGAACUCAACAUUCUUGAUCCGAUUAUGCCCGAGGAUAUCUACAAAACACACCUUGAGAGCAGCCGAGGGGCGGGUCUCACGAAUGUGGACUCGGCUAGACACAAUCUUGCGAGCGCCUUCGUCAACUCGUUUGCGAACGCUGGAUUUGGCAACGAUAACAUGAUGAUUGUUGAGGGUGAUAAGGGGCCUUGGGUUUGGAAGACAAAGGACGAUGGUAUGCUGUCGACAACGGCCUCGAUGGGCAUGCUCUUACACCGGGAUGUCGAAAUUGGAUUGGACAAGAUCGACAAGUUCACAUACGCCACGGAGGAUCAGAUUAAGGCUGGUGCUCUUCUAUCUAUCGGUAUUCUGAACUCAGGUGUGCGAAUUGACUCUGAGCCGGCCCUAGCUCUUCUGAGCGAUUCGGAGACGCUCGGGACGAAGAACGUCCCGAUGAGGGUCGCAGCAAUUAUGGGUCUUGGUCUAGCAUACGCUGGUUCAAACAAGGAGGAGCUUCUUGAAGUUCUGCUACCUAUUGUGGAGGAUGGUUCUCUUGAUAUGCAGCUCUCUGCCAUGGCUGCCGUCUCACUCGGUCUCAUCUUUGUUGGUUCUUCAAAUCAUCAGGUUAGUGAAGCUAUCGCAACGACUCUCAUGGAUGAGGAACGGCAGAAGCAGCUCAAGGACAAGUGGACCCGCUUCAUGGCCCUUGGCCUUGCGCUUCUGUACUUUGGCCGCCAGGAGGAAGUGGACGUUAUUCUUGAUAUUCUAAAGGCGGUUGAUCACCCUAUGGCGAAGCCCACAUCCGUCCUCGCUUCUGUAUGUGCUUGGGCAGGCACUGGAACUGUCCUUAAGCUGCAGGAGCUUCUUCACAUCUGUAACGACGUCAUUGAGGAAAGUGAUGAGAAGAAGGGCGACGAGCUUGUCCAAUCAUAUGCUGUAUUGGGUCUGUCUCUGAUCGCGAUGGGAGAGGACGUCGGGCAAGAUAUGAUUCUCAGGCAAUUCGGCCACCUGAUGCAUUACGGCGCUAGCAACAUUCGGAAGGCCGUCCCUCUCGCGAUGGGUCUGAUCAGUCCUAGCAACCCCCAGAUGAAGGUGUACGAUACACUGUCAAGAUACAGCCACGACAACGAUAAUGACGUUGCUAUCAACGCCAUCUUCGCCAUGGGGCUUUGUGGUGCCGGAACGAAGAACUCCCGUAUAGCACAGCUCUUGAGGCAGCUGGCGAGCUACUAUCACCGUGACCAAAACUCCCUCUUCAUGGUGCGAAUUGCUCAGGGUCUUCUGCACAUGGGCAAGGGCACAAUGACGCUGAAUCCGUUCCACACCGAUCGCCAAGUACUGAGCCGAGUUUCCGCCGCAGGUCUGCUCACAGUACUCGUGUCUUUGAUUGACGCGAAACAAUUCAUCCUCGCCGAACACCAUUACCUCCUUUACUUUCUCAUCACUGCCAUGUACCCUCGUUUCCUUGUUACGCUUGACGAGGACCUCCAGCCUCUUCCAGUCAACGUCCGUGUGGGACAGGCUGUUGACGUCGUUGGACAGGCCGGACGUCCUAAGACUAUCACCGGCUGGCAGACGCAGAGUACUCCCGUCCUUCUCUCUCACGGUGAGCGAGCAGAACUGGAGGAUGAGCAAUAUAUUCCUCUCAGCAGCACCUUGGAGGGCUUGGUUAUCUUGCGUAAGAACCCUGACUGGGAGGAGAGCUCGACUUGA